GACUUGCUACUUGCUACGGCUUUGCUUAGCUUUCCUUUUGUUGUCAAGCAACUGCUAUUCUGCUGCUCCACAACGCUGCUUUUUUUGCGCACAACAAAAGAGGUUUUCUAUCCUUUUCCUUUCUUUUUGGAUUGGAUCUUCUGGCAACUUGCAUCGUUUGCGCAACAUGGCAUUUGUCUUGGCUGGGAUAUACCUAUCCCUUCCACUUUACCCCCUUACCUGUCUUUUCUCCCGUCCCUACCUUUUCUUCUCUUCCUCACCUCGCUAUCCGUCUUCACAUCCUCCUUUUUCUUGCUCAUCUCGUCUGCUACUCUAUAUCUCCACCCCCGACAUGUCCAACCAACAAACUUGUUCGUUGUUGGCCCCGGGGAUCUGUUUUCGCGUCGCGUCGCUUCGACUCUCACGCAAUGAUAUCACUUCUACAUUAUUUGCCUUGGCGAGGGGGGGUUUGGUCCUUUGGUCCCGUUGGUCCCGGUGUUUUCUUCUUCCUUUUCCUCCUCCUUUUUCCCCCCUCUCCUUUUCUUCUUUACCGCUCUCCUACCCCUUGGCUCCCUGGUACGGGUUACGGUACGGGUUCCGGUACGGGGACUUUUCUCUUGACUUUUUUUUUCGCUCGUACCACCUCUAGUCACUCCUAGCAUCGUAGUUUAUAGUAGCUAUAUAUAUCAACCAUACCAAAUGAAUUAUCACCUUA